CGGAAUCUAAUUCAGUUUGCGUUCAUCAACAGGAACGACGGUUGUGAUCCCUCCGCUGGUGGUGACACGAAUCAUACCUAUAAUUUCAUAAAUUAAAAAAAAAAUACAAAAAAAUCAAACCUACAUUCCUACUCAUAAAAACGUCUCCAGUCAUCUGCAAUAUCUAAUACAUUCUUGCGAAAACAAUCGAGUUUAAAUCGACCGCACGAAUCCAGCAGUGAAAGUGCAGAUACCAUUUCCGGAACUAUAACAAUAACUUUGUGUGUGUGCACCCGUGUGUUUUUCUUGUGUCAAAGUUCGUAGAAAAGGAAUUACAUCAAAAUGGUUUACAAUUUCAAAGUCUUCAAGAAGUGUGCCCCCAACGGCAAGGUUACGCUGUACAUGGGCAAGCGUGACUUUGUAGACCACGUUGCCGGUGUUGAACCGAUCGAUGGUAUCGUCGUUCUGGACGACGAAUACAUUCGUGACAACCGGAAGGUGUUCGGUCAGGUGGUCUGCAGUUUCCGCUAUGGCCGCGAAGAGGACGAGGUGAUGGGGCUGAACUUUCAGAAGGAGCUUUGUCUCGCCUCGGAACAGAUCUACCCUCGUCCGGAAAAGUCGGACAAAGAGCAAACGAAGCUGCAGGAACGCCUGCUGAAGAAGUUGGGCCCCAAUGCCAUCCCGUUCACGUUCAACGUGUCGCCGAAUGCACCAUCAUCGGUGACGCUGCAGCAGGGCGAAGACGAUAAUGGUGAUCCGUGCGGUGUGUCGUACUACGUGAAGAUCUUUGCCGGUGACUCGGAAACCGAUCGUACGCACCGUCGCAGCACUGUUACGCUCGGUAUUCGCAAAAUCCAGUUUGCACCAACCAAGCAGGGCCAGCAGCCGUGCACCGUGGUGCGCAAGGACUUCAUGCUGAGCCCGGGAGAGCUUGAGCUCGAAGUUACGCUCGACAAGCAGCUGUAUCUGCACGGUGAGCGAAUAGGCGUCAACAUCUGCAUACGCAACAACUCCAACAAAAUGGUCAAGAAGAUCAAGGCGAUGGUGCAGCAGGGUGUGGAUGUGGUACUGUUCCAGAAUGGUAGCUACCGCAACACGGUGGCUUCGCUGGAGACGAGCGAAGGCUGCCCGAUCCAGCCCGGUUCCAGUCUGCAGAAGGUGAUGUAUCUCACGCCGCUGCUGUCCUCCAACAAGCAGCGACGUGGUGUCGCUCUGGACGGUCAGAUUAAGCGUCAGGAACAGUGUUUGGCUUCGACUACUCUAUUGGCUCAACCGGACCAGCGCGAUGCUUUUGGCAUUAUCAUUUCGUACGCCGUCAAGGUGAAACUUUUCCUCGGUGCUCUCGGGGGAGAACUUUCGGCUGAGCUUCCGUUUGUGCUGAUGCACCCGAAGCCCGGUACCAAGGCGAAAAUCAUUCAUGCUGACAGCCAGGCCGAGGUAGAAACCUUCCGACAGGACACAGUCGAUCAGCAGGCCUCGGUGGACUUUGAUUAAUUCCUUGGAGAGGCUAGGAACCCUGGCAUGGACUACGACGAUGAACCACUAAGCAUCUACACACACAAAACCACUGAAAAUGGAAUAUACUCAUACAACCGAACGCAAACGACCUACGACGAAACGAUCGAUCUCACUUCCCCGUCUUUUUCAUCCUAAGCAAUAGAACGAUGGCAGAGGGAGAGAAAGAUGAAGAGAAUGCAACGAGAGACAACAAAAUACAAGACGGACACAUCCGAUGAUUUCAAUGUUUCUGUAGAGAACUGCAGCAAGGGACCAGCGUUCAAACCAAACGCUUUUCCUUCCUGACGAUGUACCUUACAAAAUUUACGAUAUAGAAAACGUCUUCGCCGUCUUUAACAUUCGGUAACUUUGGUGUAGUUUUCAUAGAAUCCUUCUGAAUGUAAGGACACUACUGAAAUUCGCUAUUUUGUUAUUUGCGACCGAUUGCAACUACAUGGCGGCAAAACCGUCAACUAUGUACACACCGAAAACAUUUCAUAUAAUUGAAUAAAACAAAUCGAAAAGAAUAAUAUACUAAUUGGUUGGAAAAAAACA